ACGUCACGUCGUCGCGCAGAUCAUCGACUGUGCGUGUACUCUAGAUGUCGUAGGCCGCCGCCGCCGCCGCCGCCACCGCGCUUCGAGAGAUCUCCGCACCACGUAUAUGUGCGCGGAAGACCCCAGAAGACCCACGGUGUGAUAUGGUUUAUUGCGACUCGCACCGAGUGUGACGAGAGUCGAGUGUGACGUCCAGCGCCGUUCCGUGCGCGGGGUAAAAUUGAGAGGAUAAGGAGGGGAGCGGGAAACGAGGGAGACGAUCAGGCGAGUGGCAACCCUUCGACCACCGGAUGCGAGUGUCACUCUCUCAUAUCGGAGACAACACUAUCCGCGACCUUGCCGAGAAACAACCGUGGUGAAGAAGGAGGAGAAGGAGGAGUGAGUUGCAUCUCGUUACGUAGCGACAGGUAGAAGCCGGAAGUAGAAGAAUGAGCGACCAAAAGUACUAUGCACCGUAUCCUCCGCCGUCGGGGUUGGGGAUGCAGCCGCCAGUUGCAACAGCUCCACCGCAAGCAGAUGGAUCAGGUGGUUGGUCGCAGCCGAAUACGACAUAUCCACCCGGUUUGGAAUCCCUUAUGGGCCUUGAUUAUCUUUUCGUGAACCAGAAAGUUGAAUUGCUUCAAGCUUUUACUGGAUGGGAAACUAAAAACAAAUAUGUCAUUACGGAUAACAAGGGCGAGUUGGUGUUUUACAUGGCCGAGGAAUCAGGAAUAUGUGCGCGAUUGUGUAUGGGAAGCUAUCGUUCCUGUGAAUUCUACCUUUACGACAAAAAUCAGCGAGAGGUUCUUCGUUUGGUUCGACCCUUUAGAUGCGACGGUUGCUGUUGUCCUUGCUAUCUGCAGGUUCUAGAAGUAUAUUCCGGAAGUACUCUAUUGGGCAGCGUUACUCAAGAGUGGACUUGUUGGCGGCCGAAGUUCUAUGUUCGCGACGCAUCCGGCGAACCAGUAUUGAUGAUAAAAGGACCACUUUUGCGUUUUUGUGUUAACGUAAUCUUUAAGGUCAAAUCUAUGGAUGAGAAGCAUCGCGUUGGCGUGAUUCGGAAGCAAUGGAGUGGCUUUGCUCGAGAGAUGUUUACAGUUUCCGAUAAAUUCGGCAUUAACUUUCCACGCGAUCUCGAUGCGAAGAUGAAAGCCGUGUUGUUGGGGGCGACUGUUCUGAUAGACUUCAUGUAUUUCGAGCAGGAUCCUUAAGUUAAUCUAUUUUAAUUUUUAAACAAAAAAAACCAAAGCGACUUGUGCCUAUUAAAGAUAUGUUUUAUAAUAUAUCGAGUGCCUUGCAAAAUUUAUAACUAUACAAUGCAAUUGUAAAUUAGAAUGAGCGGCAUGUACACAUACUCAAGAUGGAAUCUUAUAAUCAUGAAAACUGUGAGAUUAUAACUAUAACUAUAUAUUAGUCAAGUACUCUUUUAAUGGUUUGACAAAUAAUGCUUAUAACUUUUAUGUACAAUUAAACUGUAUUUGAAUAUAUUUUCACUGAGUUUAUAUUCGCACAAGAGUAAUCGAACUUUUGCAAGUUUGAUCUCGGAAAAAAAGCUCUCUCUUAUAAACAUAGUGCAACUAGGUAUGUUCCACAGUGCCUAUCCAUAGUUAUAGCGUUGUUCAUUGAUUCGCGAUGCUUCAGUCUUGCUUUUCUCUAAAGUCUUUUAACUAUCAUACAAUAUAACAAUGAACACUAUUUUUUUCAUACCCCCAAUCACUUUUUUAUAUAUAUGAAUACACAAAUGAAUGACAAUUGUUACUAGAUUCAGACUAGCCUAUAUUCGUUUGCUAUGUGUAAAUUGUAGUUUCGAAAUUUUAUAAACAUAAUUUUUGUAUGGAUAUUUUAUGUGAACAUUUUUACACAUAUAAACAGCAUUUAAGAAACAAACAUUUAAAUUGUAUACGGUAAUAUACAAUUUUUGCAGCGUUGUAAUUUCAAAUUUCAGAUAUUUUAUUACUUGUGCAAUAAGUGCUCGUGUACUGUGUAAGUUAAAAAAAAUGUUUAUUUAAUAAAACUGUAUGACGUUUUUCUUGUUUGUACGUUUUUUUAUACUGAAAUAAGAUAUUUGGCGUAAGUACUUCUAUAUUAAUUAUGUCAAUAGUAGAUAAACACUAUUUUGUUAUACAUACAUACACAGACACAUAUAUAACAAUUAUGUUGAAAUUACUUAUUUUUUAACAUUAUAGAUUCAUAAAUUGAAGAUAUUUCACUGUGUAAAUUGUUCAAUGGAUUACAAUGGUAAAAAGUAUUUAAAAAUGGAUUAUCUCAUAAUAGUAAAAAAUAUAAAAAACCAAAAAUUAACAAUUUAAAAAUAUAUGACACAAUAAAUUCAAAAGAUUAUGAUAGAUGCCCGCAGGAUUUUUGUAAAAUGGUUUAUUAGGAAUGAAUAAAGCCGAAUAAAAUUCAGGAGAAUAAAACACGCAACGAAAUAGAUAAUGUGUAUGUCUUUUUAUUUUCGUGUUUCAUUACUUGUAUUCUCACCGUACAUCUUGUCGAAUCUGUUGGUAAUACACUGUCUCUAUAAUAUGCCGCAACGCUUGCUCGCGUGUAUUUUGUAGUGCGUGUUAAUAUCCGUCGCGCAGAUGUUCCUUCUUGGCCACUCACCGUCGUAAAAAAGAGAAUGAAAAAACAUGAAUGUCGCUCUCUCCACCAUCCGCAGACUAGAAGAUCGCAGAGCACUAAGAACAGCACUCCCGCGACCUUUGAUGUUCCGUGACGCUCUCAAGAACACGGACAAUUUAAAAACCGACAUCGUCGAACGAUUAUCUCCUAAAACAGCGACGACGUCUUCUCUCAUUUCCCUCAUUUUAAUUCGUUUAAUUUGACAAUCUCGACGAAUUGUAGGGGACUAGUACUAGAGCACUACUAGGUGUGUAAACGCGCGUGACUAUGUAUCAUCGAUAACAAAUGCGGUUGCGACAAAA